AUGUACGAGAAUAAUACACUCAAGUACAUUCCGAUCAACCGAUGGAUAUCCCGCUUCCAAGAGAUGUCUCUCCAGAAGAAGGAUUCUGCCGUUCAGAUGGACAACGAGGGCAACCUAAAGGUGAUUCAGAAGAAGCCGGAGCCGACGUGCGACACCGCAGGCAUGUAUCCUCUCCGGCAGGCUUUUCAGAGACGGUCACUAGCAUUUGAUCUGGGUGGCAUCUGGAUUGCAGAUGGAUGCGGACCUCACUCACGGUCAAUCAAAGGUGACAUCGUAAAAGGCUCAAUGCUUAGCCUCGAGUCCCCUGUCACUUUCGAUGCCUUCAAAUACCCUCACGAACAGCCGCCUGUGAAAUCAGACUCCUGGGUUUACGAGCUUUUCGCUGGCAGUGCCCGUUUCAGCAAGGAAAUCUUUUGGGAUCUCAUCAAGGAGUGCCCUCCUUUUCACUUGCAUGCAUCGCCCCCUGCGGGUCUGCCGUCAUUGAGUGCCGCGUCUCAGCAGAGCCUUGCGGUGCGUAAAGACAACGUCCUGUACCGCUUCGUCUACAAGCUUCUCCUUCAUUGUUCUGCUUUGGGCAUCAAUGUCAGCGUUGAGAAUCCUCGGACUUCGUUGUUCUGGAAGGUUCUUCAAUGCUUUGCUGAGGCCGACGGCUUGCUUUGGCCUCCCGCUGCCCUCGAACACGUUGAUUUCGACCAGUGUUGUCAUGGUUCCGAUCGACCGAAGUCAACUCGUUUCUUGUGCACUCGAGGCUUGUUCACCUCGCUUCGAGCUACUUGCCCAGGCAAUCACGAACACCGCCCGUGGGGCCUCGUGUUCCAUGAGCGUUCUAUGCAGCUGUCAUCUUCUCUUGUGUCGGCUUACCCAGUUCUGCUUUGCAAGCGUAUGGCCUCCUGUCUGGAGAGCGCGGCUUCUUUCAUGGGUUUGUCUUUGCAAGCAUCUCCUGACUUGGCAGCCAGCUCCGUUGCUGUUCUCGGUCGGCAGCAUCGCCGCUUCCCUCCUUUGAUUCCUGAGUUCCGCAAGGCUGCUGGGGAGGAUAGCGGGAGAGAGAAGGCAGCCGAAGACAGCCAUGCAGUUGACAAUGCUUCCAGCAAGGUUCCCUCAGGUUUCCUUAAGAGUUCCGAUCCGCCCAAAGGCUCGGUCAAGGUGGGGUGGUACUUGUCAAUGCAGGAUCAUGUUGCAAAGGCCUUGACGCUAAAGUCGCUAAAGCAUCCCGUCGACACUGCCGUAGCCCUUGACCAGGAUCAGCUCGAUGCAAUCAGCUUCUGCAUGAAAAACACUGAGAAAGAGGUGGUCGAUCAUCGAAAGCUUCAGCUUCUGAAAAUAAAGAUUCUUGCCAGAAAGUUCGAGGCCGACGAAGCUCGAUUACAUUCUUCGUUCGACCCCUGGUUCGAAAAGGUUGUGGCGGGAAAGCGUCUUCUUCUGUGGAAGCAUCUUCUUGAGCAGAACGGUUUUGACGACAUGCAAGUCUGCGACUUCAUGACGUCAGGCGUCCCGAUUGUAGGGCAGUCAGCCUGCCCUCAGCCGUUCAACCGAAAGAUUGUGCCGGCUACCAUGUCGGAACAGGAUCUCAAGGGCACGGCUUCGUUCCGCCGAAAGGUGAUGCUUGGGUCCAGUGGCACGCAGGCAGCCGACCUUCAAGAGUUGCUGUCGAAGGCUACCAUGGACGAAGUCGAUUUGGGCUUCCUGGAAGGCCCUUACACCGAAAGCCAAAAGGAGCACCGCUCUCUUGCUGUGAUCUACCACAAAGGCCCUUCUGGCGAGGAUCAAUUUUUCAUUGCAAAUUCGCUGCUCUUCGGUCUUACUGCUUCGGUUUAUGGGUUCGUGCGAACGAGCAGAAGCCUUCACAAGCUGCUAUUGAAGAUAUUCAAGCUGCCCAGCUCAGUGUACUUUGAUGACUACCCGAUGUUUUCGACAUCGCUUUCUUCCAGUGACACUGAUGGCAUCAUCAGCGAAUUCUUAGACAUUCUGGGCUGGGGCCACGCCAAGACAGGCAGCAAAUCACAUCCUUUCGCGGAGGUUUUCUCCGUCUUGGGAAUGCAGAUUGACUUGAGCAACUUGUCGAAGAGAAGCAUCGUCCUCUCGAACAAACCUGGCAGGAUCGAUCGGAUCGUGGAGAAGCUUGAAUCUGUGGCUGCUUCUGGUUUCCUUACGGUUCAUCAGGCUCAGAUUUUGCUGGGCUUGCUCAACUUUUCAUCUGGUUUCUUUGCCGGUCGUGCCCUCAAGCAUUCGUGCAAAUGGCUAUCUGGCUUUCUGGCUGGAGACAGGCCUUCGCCAAAGACCGUCAGCGAGAUGUGCGAGCACACGAUCAAAAUUCUUGUGAGCACGCCGCCCCGCUUCAUAAGCUGCGAUUCGACCGGAGAGCCUCCUAUCCUGGUGUGGACUGAUGGGGCUUGGGAGCCUGCCAAAGCCUUCGCCGGGAUCGGUGCAGUGAUUCUUGAUGCGAGCAGCGGAGUUUCCAGAGUUUUCCAAGGACAGGUCCCUGAGCGCCUAGUGGUUCGCUGGCGAGAGGAGGUCGGAGAACAAAUCAUCUGUGAGGUAGAGCUGUAUGCCCUCUUGAUGAUCAGGGCCUGCCUUCAGAAUUUUCUUUCAGGAAAGAGAAUCAUAUUCUUCAUUGACAACGAUGCCGCUAGAUCUGUGGUAUUGCGUGGUCAAAGCAGAAGUGACGCGAUGCAUCGCUUGGCCAUGGCCUUGUCUAUGGUCGAGGCCGUCGCCCCUUGCAUCUCGUGGAUAGAGAGGGUGCCAUCCUCUUCGAACAUCGCCGACUGGCCCUCUAGGGGCGAAGGUUGGAAAGCACAGAAGGUCGUUCGUGCGGCAGAGGUGGAGCCUUACUUUGUUGAUCAAUCUUUGAUUGACGCCUACCUGCUCUGA